AGCUACAAUCUCAAAUUCUAUAGAAACUAAAGCACCGGAGACAAGGUUGUAUACCCACAUCGAUGAACAACUUGUUAAGACCACUCGAUCACCCCAUAAAUAACGUCCACAAAUAUCAAACAGCAGCCGAGAUGAGACGGCCUUCAAGCUCAGAAGAAGUCGAUGGAACGAGUCAGAGCACAUUUGACCCGAUGAAGCUUUUCAGAGCAAUUACCGAUGAUCUUGACCCCCUUCCAUAUCUAUUCGACAAUAGAAACGACUACUUUGAUCUCGUUGUUCCAUUAUACGAAGCAUCAGUUACGGGCAACUGGGAGAGUGCAAAGUUCAUCUUAGACAAACGCCCGGAUUUGGUACGCUAUGGUCUUGGUAGUCUUGGCACGGCACUACAUGUGGCAGCGACAGCAAAAGAGUCCAAGGAGACCUUACAUUUUGUGAAGAAUCUAGUAAAUAUGAUGACCGGAGAUGAGCUGCAACUUCAAAAUAGAAAUUCCAACACUGCGUUUUGGAUAGCAUGUGCAAAUGGAAAAAUAAACAUGGCUAAGAUUAUGAUGGAAAAGAAUAGUAGUGUGUUGCACAUUCGUGGUAAUCUACGAUUGUAUCCAUUGACUGUUGGUGUUGAGUCAGGGACACGGGACCUAGUGAAAUGGUUAUACAAUAAUUUUGGGAAGAUGAAUGGCGACCACUGGGGAGAUGAUGAUAGGGAUUUCGUACUCUAUUCAUGUGUGAUUCGAGGUUUCUUUGAUAUUGCAAUCCAAAUUCUCAAGGACUACCCAGAAUAUCCUCUUCCUCGGCAUGUGCCUGACCUACUUAAUGUUUUGGCUGAGAAGCGCAAUUCAUUUGAUAAAGGAGAAAAGAAGCUGAUCACGAGAAUCAUAGAACCAAUUUAUAGAUUAUUUGGUAUGAGCUUAGAAGAGGAUACCGAUGCACUGAAAGUACUAGAAAUCAUUUGGAAACGUGCCACAAAAACAAUGGACUUCAAAGAAAUUCAGAGUAUGCUCAAAGUGUCUAGAUCUUCUGGAAUAUUAUUUGAUGCUGCAAGAAGCGGCAACACUAGGUUUAUAGUUGAGGUGCUUCGUAGAUAUCCUGAUUUGAUGUUUGAAAUAAAUGAAGAUGGGCACACUAUAUUUCAUAUAGCUGUAAUGCAUCGUAAUCAAGGUAUUUGCAACCUAUUGUACGAGAUAGGGGACGGCUCCAGAAACAACAUAUGCCGACUAACUGACAAGAACAAAAAUAAUAUACUUCAUUUAGUUGGUAAGAGUUCAAAAGAGAUGGCAACUAAGAUGUCUGGAGCAUCUUUGCUAAUGCAACGAGAAUUAUUGUGGUUCCAGGUAUAAGCUUUAGAUUAAUGUCCCAAAACUCCUUAAUAAGCUACAUAGUAAUUAUAAUGUGAAACCGGUUAAUCUCUUAACAUCAUGUACAUAGUUAGAUAGUUAGAAUUAUUAUUAAGUAGCGGUUACAAAGUACGAGGACCAAAGUUGACAAAGUGGAAGUUGGAAACUACCCUAAUAACCGAAUGGGUGUGUCUCUACACACAUACCAUUUCGGAAUCGGUGCAAGGAAAAGAACAAAGGGACGCGACUGUUGAUCGAGUGGACGACAUUCAACACACCUCUUCAAGAUUCAAUCAUAGCCACAUAUCCAAGAGACGUGUCCUUUCACGAAGAGACGCAACUCUUCACUCGUACCCGUAGGAAACUAUAAAUAGGAUAGAUUGUUUUCAUUUGUAAAACACACUCUCAUUCGAUUUGUAAACAUUCAUUCGUUUAUUACAAGUUAUUGUUAUUCAAGUUAUUCACGCUCAUUUAGAGAUCAAGAUCCAAGUUCGGGC